AUGCUGAAGCUUACUCUGAUCGUUUGGCUGCUCUUCUCGUUGGCCUGGCGCACCACCCCCACCAGCUGCCGCCAGACCCGUCCGCCGCAGACCAUCCGCCAGCUGCUGGCCACCCAGCUGCAGAGCUACAUGGACACCACGGCGCGUCCGUGCGAGAACUUCUAUCAGUAUGCCUGCGGCAACUGGCAGCUGCAGCAGGAGCAGCCCUCCAACCCCAGGGAGCGCGAAAAGGACCGCGAACGCGAGCAGGAACAGCUCCUGCCCAGCGAUACUCUGAGCGUGCUCGAUCACAAUCUGAAUCGCCAGCUGGAGAUGGCACUGCGACGCUCCAACGAGAGCACCAUGGAGGAAGAGCCGCCCAUCUACGACAAGCUGCGUCUCUACUAUCGCUCCUGCAAGCGCCUGAAGCCCUACAACCUCAAGAAGUAUCUGCAGCUCCUGUCACCGGGGAAUGGCACCCACUGGCCGCUGCUGAGUCGCAGCUGGCGACGCGAGAAGUUCCACUGGCUCACGACCAUCGGCAGACUGCGACUCCAUGGCCUGAAUGGAGUGCUGCUCAAAGAGCAGGUGCUGCCGCGCUGGGACGACUCGAGCGUCUACUCCAUUUACCUGGAUAAACCGAGUCUGGUGGAGACGCUGCCCAUGGGCGAGGGAGCCAUGAUCGAGCUGCUCCUGGACAUUGGCCAGACGAAGCGCGUGGCGAAUGCCUUGGCCCGCCAGGUGGACGACUUCGAGCGUCGACUGCACCGCCUGCAGGAGCUGGAGGAUGACGAGGGGGCCAAGGAAAUGCAGUUGGGAUAUCUGGAGGAGUAUCUGCCGGAGCUCAAGUGGCUCUUGCUCAUGAGGGAGAUCCGCGUGGACACCGAACCAGACGUACGCUCCACGCUGAUCAUCCAGAACAUACCCUACAUGAGGGCCCUGCACGAGUUGGUGGAACGACAGCCCCCGGAUACCAUCUGCAACUACAUCAUGUUGAAGUGGCUGGCAUUCCUCAAGCAGCAGGGUCCCGCGGAGAUCUCGCGCGGCGAGUGUGUGGCCAGCAUGAGGCGAGCCAUGCCCUUGGCCAGCAGCUUGAUGAUUGGCCAGCGGCUGUACGACCCAGAGGCCGAGCAGGAUGUGGGCUCUCUGUUCCAGCAGCUCAAGCGGAGGUUCGCCCUCAUCCUGGAGGAGAAUCGCCUGCAGCUGGCGCCCCCCAUAGUGCACGUCCUGCAGGAGAAGCUACGCGCCAUGCGCCUCCAGCUGGGCUUUGUCCAGUUGAACGACUCCGGCUACGUGGAGGAGUACUACCAGAAGAUGGAGCUGAACGGCCACAACUUCUAUGCGAAUCAACUGAAGCUGCUGCGCCUCCGCGUGGAGAAGAAUCACGAGCUGCUCUCGGCCACAGGCACAGAUCUGGGGAAUGUCAGCUACCUCACGGAGUCCUGGCUGGCCAGCAGCUCCUCGCCGUUGUACGUGAAGCCAAGGAACCUGGUGCUGAUGCCCUACGGCCUGCUGCAGCUGCCCGUGUGGCAUCGCAACACGAGCUCCCUGCAGAGGCACGCGGUGCUGGGCUUUGCUCUGGCCCAUGAGCUGAUCCACGGCUACGAUGCCUCGGGCAUUGACUACGACGGCAUGGGCAACAUCAUGGGACCCAGCGAGGAGAUUGCCGGCAAUCAGCGUUUCAUCCAGGGUCUGCGCUGCAUGCAACAGCAGCUGGCCACCGGCUCCAGGUCCCUCAACGAGAAGCUGGCCGACUAUGAGGCCUUGCGUCUCGUCUACGAGACCUUUUUCGGGCUGAAAGCAAAGCCCAGGGAACCGCGCGACCCCCUGCUCUCGCAGUUCAGCCAGCGGCAGCUCUUCUUCAUCAGCUUUGGGCAGUUCUUCUGCGGCAAGAUGCCGGCCCUCAGCCUCCAGGCGCAGUCCCACCUGGAGCAUGCCAUCGACGAGCUGCGAGUGAUGCAAACGCUGGCGAAUUUCGAGGAGUUCUCGCGGGAAUUCGGCUGCGAGAAGCGGACCAAAAUGCAGGCCAAACAGCGUUGCAGGGUCUGGUAACAUGCUUAGAAUAGAUUUACAAACAAAAAACAAAUAAAUGAGGCCUAAGAAUA